GAAUGCACCAACCAGCUUCUACAACAUUUCGUACGGAGCCUUCUCUCUCUCUCUCUCUCUCUGAGGAAAUAGAGCUUCUUCUUCUUCUUCUUCUUCUUCUUCUUUAGCAGCAGCAUCCGAGAUCCAAAAUUCAAGAAUAUUCUGGAAAAGUAAAGGUGCGCGGUUUUGAUUCUAAGUCAUUCAAUGAAUUGCGCAUUCCUUGUUUUCAGAGCGUCCGCACAUGUGCUGCUGUAAUUUUAGCGGUUCUGCGAAAUUCGAUGAAAAACGAAACCGUAGUUUGUUUGAGUUUAUGCGUGAAAUAUGAAAUCGUUUGGAAAAGUUUAAACUCGCGCUUUGAACUCCCAGGAUGUUUUGAUUAAUUUUAGCUCGUGAUUUUGGUAUUGGCGGGAUUUUGCAGGUUGUUCGGUACGUACAGUCUCAAUCAUUUUGUUUGGAAGGGGUGGAACUCCGUUGAAACACACUAGUUUCUGAGAGUUUUCAGGGAGGCAUUUCUUGAGGAACAGGAUCGAAGAAAAUGAAAAACUCUGUUUCAGAUCAGAGCUUGUACAUAGAGAGCGAAGAAGAGGAUGAAGAAAAAGAAUUCAUCAACAAAGCCCAUGAUGAUGGAAAUGAUUCUGAUUCUUCCAAUUUCUCCGCUGAGAAUCAGCAGCAGGUCAAACCCAGUUCUUACAACACCUCAUGGCCUCAGAGUUACAGGCAGUCAAUUGACCUGUACAGUAGCGUGCCUUCUCCGAGUAUUGGGUUUCUGGGCACUCCCUCAUUGUCCAGAUUAGGCAGUUCAUUUCUUUCGUCGUCACUGACCGGAAGACACGUGCCGGAAGCAAUAUCUUCCAUAGUGAAACCUCUCUUGCCAAAGGUUGCGGAUGAGCAUCUGCAGCAGCAAAGGCCAAGUUCUCAUGCCUUGCCUCCUUCAAUUCCAUCAAGGAAGCCUUCCAUAAGGGAAAAGCCCUCCCAGAUCUCACAUGAACUUCCACUCUCUCGCCAAUGCUCAUUCGGACAGGCUGUGCUAAAUGGAAUGAAUGUUCUGUGUGGGGUUGGCAUUCUUUCUACUCCGUAUGCGGUGAAAGAAGGGGGAUGGGCUGGGCUGUCCCUACUUGUGAUAUUUGGAUUGCUGUCUUACUACACUGGAGUCCUCUUGCGUUGCUGCUUAGACAGUGAGCCUGACCUUGAGACAUACCCGGACAUCGGCCAAGCUGCAUUUGGCACCGCCGGCCGGGUUCUCAUCUCGAUAGUAUUAUACGUGGAGCUUUAUGCAUGUUGUGUUGAAUAUAUAAUUUUGGAGAGUGAUAACCUGUCAUCAUUAUUUCCAAAUGCACAUUUAAGUAUGGGAGGAUUCGAGUUAAAUUCACACCAUUUCUUUGCGUUGCUGACCACACUUGCUGUUCUUCCCACUGUUUGGCUUCGAGACCUCAGUGUUCUUAGUUAUAUCUCUGCUGGUGGAGUUGUUGCAUCAAUAUUAGUCGUCCUGUGCUUGUGUUGGGUUGGCCUGGUAGACGAAGUUGGCUUUCAGAGCAAAGGGACCACACUCAACCUCACGACUCUUCCUGUUGCUAUCGGCCUCUAUGGGUACUGCUAUUCAGGACAUGCUGUUCUCCCUAACAUCUACACAUCAAUGGAAAAACGAAGCCAAUAUCCAGCAGUGCUCUUAACUGCUUUUGGUAUUUGUACAAUGUUGUAUGCUGGAGUUGCUGUUGUUGGAUACAUGAUGUUUGGUAAAUUGACUGAAUCUCAGUUCACUCUAAACAUGCCCCAUAAUUUGGUCGCCUCCAAAAUUGCUGUCUGGACUACGGUUGUUAACCCAUUCACCAAAUAUGCACUAACCAUGACUCCAGUGGCAAUGAGUCUGGAAGAGUUGAUCCCAUCGGAUCAUCUAAAGUCUCAUAUUUAUUCCAUCCUCAUUCGAACAGCAUUGGUGAUUUCUACCCUGAUCGUGGGCCUAUCUGUCCCCUUCUUUGGUCUGGUGAUGGCACUGAUUGGAUCUUUUCUUACAAUGCUCGUAUCAUUGAUUCUUCCUUGUGCUUGUUACCUGAGCAUCUUGAAGGGAAGAGUAACCCAUUUGCAGGGAUCACUCUGUGUAUUGGUUAUCGUGGUCGGUUCUUUAUCAUCAGCCAUUGGAACAUAUUCCGCCCUCUCCAAGAUUAUUGAGAGUUUGAAUUGAGAUUGUUGCCAAGUUUCUUCAACAGAUUGAUUCUGCAGACAUCAUUCCAAAUUUUGUUCCUCUUCCUUAUUAGUUUUUUUUUUUUCUUCUGAUUGAACUUCGAGUGGUCGGAUUUAGUACUUCUCCUUAUCUUUUUCUUUAUUUUUUUUUAAUGUUUCAUAUUUUGAAAUUAUGUAUGUUUUUGCAUUUUUCUUAGGAAAGGAUUAAGACGCAUAGCAUGGAUUUUACUUUUGUCUUUUGGAAUUGAAAUCUAGUGCAUUUUAUUCGUGCAAUCAAA